AUGGCUUCCGAUCAGACAGUCCCCUGGUCCCGGGACGAGGAUCACCUAUUACGACAGAACACACCUAACACACUAGUUGCCCAGAAUGAAGAAGGUUCACCACACCCCUCUGUGGCCCUCAUUGGUCCCGAGGAGAGACAGAAUCUAGUUCGGAUCGCCACUCAAGAGUCGAUCAGACGGCGCUCCAGCGUCUACACCCAUCACACAGCUGCCUCCGGUCGCCCAGAAACCAUGGACACAAUCCGAGAGAAUGACCCCUGUCUUGACCCCCAGACGGACAAGUUUGAUCUCGGAAAGUGGCUUGCUUAUGGUCUUGGUGAGCUUCGUCGAGAGGGUGCUCUCGAUCUUCGACCAGGUAUCGUGUUCAAGAACCUUUCCAUCUCCGGGACUGGAGCGGCGGUUCAAUUCCAAGAUACCGUGGCAUCGACCUUCGCUGCCCCUUUCCAGAUUGGUGAGGCACUUCGGAAUCGUCACUCUCCACCGAAACGGAUCUUGAACGAGUUCAAUGGCGUGUUGAAGAGCGGAGAGCUUCUUCUUGUGCUUGGUCGUCCGGGUGCGGGCUGCAGUACUUUUCUGAAGUCACUUUGUGGCGAGCUCGAGGGGUUGACUGUCAACGAUGACAGCGUGAUACAUUAUAAUGGUAUUCCCCAACAUCAGAUGAUCAAGGAGUUCAAAGGUGAAGUGGUCUACAACCAAGAGGUGGACAAGCACUUCCCUCACCUCACCGUUGGCCAGACCCUCGAAUUCGCCGCCGCUAUGCGCACUCCACAGCAUCGUAUCAAAGGAUUAUCUCGAGAGGAACACGCAAAGCAUCUCACAAAGGUUGUCAUGGCUAUCUUCGGGUUGAGCCACACUUAUAAUACCAAAGUUGGAAAUGAGUUCAUCAGAGGUGUCUCUGGAGGAGAACGCAAGCGUGUCAGUAUUGCCGAGAUGACUCUGGCUGCAGCACCUCUAGCUGCGUGGGACAAUUCGACUCGUGGUCUCGACUCGGCCACCGCGCUAAAAUUCGUCGAGGCUCUGCGAUUGAUGGCUGACCUGACAGGAUCAGCUCAUGCAGUUGCCAUAUAUCAGGCGAGCCAGAGCAUCUAUGACAUCUUUGAUAAAGUGUCGGUACUCUAUGAGGGCUGUCAAAUUUACCUUGGACCUACCUCGGAGGCAAAAGCCUUCUUUGAGCGGCAGGGCUGGGAGUGCCCCCCGAGACAAACGACAGGUGAUUUCCUGACCUCCGUUACCAACCCCCAGGAGCGUCGCCCACGUGCGGGCAUGGAAGACCGUGUUCCUCGCACUCCUGACGACUUUGAAGCCUUUUGGCGUCAGUCACCAGAGUACCAGAAGAUGCUUGCCGAGGUUGCGUCGUAUGAAAAAGAACAUCCUUUGCAUAACGAUGAGGUUACCAAUACAGAGUUCCACGAGCGCAAGCGGGCUGUGCAAGCUAAGCACACGCGGCCCAAGUCGCCAUUCUUGCUGAGUGUGCCCAUGCAGAUUAAACUAAACACGAAACGUGCUUAUCAGCGGUUAUGGAUGGAUAUCCAGUCCACUGUAUCAACAGUCUGUGGACAGAUCAUCAUGGCCCUCAUUAUCGGCUCGGUUUACUAUAAUGCCCCCAACGACACUGCCUCUUUUGUUUCCAAAGGAGCAGCGCUCUUCUUCGCCGUCCUUUUGAACGCCCUGGCAGCUAUGUCUGAGAUCAAUACGCUCUACGCCCAGCGACCGAUUGUGGAAAAGCAAGCCUCGUAUGCUUUUUACCAUCCAGCAACAGAAGCUAUUGCGGGCGUUGUUAGCGAUAUACCGGUGAAAUUUGCUCUCGCUGUCGCGUUCAAUAUCAUUCUUUACUUUAUGGUCAACCUACGACGCGAACCGGCCCAGUUCUUCAUCUACUUUUUGAUCUCCUUCAUUAUCAUGUUUGUCAUGAGUGCAGUCUUCCGGACCAUGGCGGCGGUUACGAAAACCAUUUCCCAGGCUAUGUCCCUGGCAGGCGUCUUGAUCCUGGCUCUGAUUGUCUAUACUGGAUUUGUGCUGCCCGUUCCUUCAAUGCAUCCAUGGUUUGAGUGGAUUCAUUAUCUCAAUCCGAUCUACUAUGCGUUUGAAAUACUCAUCGCCAACGAAUUCCACGGGCGCGAAUUCCCCUGCUCUUCAUUUGUCCCGUCAUACGCUGACAUGAAUGGCUCUUCCUUCGUUUGUUCCACGUCUGGAUCAAUUGCCGGCGAAAAACUCGUCAGUGGUGAUCGUUACAUCGCCGUCAAUUUCAAGUACUACUACAGCCACGUGUGGCGCAACUUUGGGAUACUGAUCGCUUUCUUGAUCGCAUUCAUGGCGAUCUACUUCGUCGCUACGGAGUUAAACUCGUCCACCACCAGCACAGCGGAGGUGUUGGUCUUCCACCGCAGCCAGAAGCGAGCCUUGUCGCGUGCCACGAGCCCCAAAUCCCCUGAUGUUGAAAAUGGAGUUGAGCUAAGUACCAUUAAACCAACUGGCACGGGAAAAUCAGAGAAUCUUGGAGGACUCGCUCCACAACAGGAUAUCUUUACUUGGCGCGACGUGUGUUAUGAUGUGGACAUCAAAGGUGAAACUAGACGGCUUCUGGAUCAUGUAUCAGGCUGGGUCAAACCUGGUACUCUCACUGCACUCAUGGGUGUCAGUGGAGCAGGAAAGACCACUCUUCUCGAUGUCCUCGCCCAUCGAACCACCAUGGGAGUGAUUACUGGGGACAUGUUUGUCAAUGGUAAUGGACUGGAUGCUAGCUUCCAGCGGAAAACUGGAUAUGUCCAGCAACAAGAUCUUCAUCUCCAGACGGCUACUGUGCGUGAGUCACUGCAGUUCAGUGCUCUGCUUCGCCAGCCGCCUACUGUCUCGCUCAAGGAAAAGUACGACUAUGUCGAAGAAGUUAUCUCUAUGCUGAAGAUGGAGGACUUUGCUGAAGCAGUAGUCGGAGUUCCGGGAGAGGGCUUGAACGUUGAACAACGCAAGUUGCUAACUAUCGGCGUGGAGCUAGCUGCACGGCCAAAGCUUCUUCUUUUUCUCGACGAACCCACAAGUGGCCUCGAUUCUCAGAGUUCAUGGGCGAUCUGCGCCUUUCUGCGCCGUUUAGCCGACCAUGGCCAGGCUGUCCUCUGUACCAUUCACCAGCCUAGCGCCGUUUUGUUCCAGCAAUUCGAUCGGUUGCUAUUCCUUGCUCGCGGCGGUAAGACCGUCUACUUCGGACCAGUGGGAGAAAACUCGCGCACACUGCUCGAUUACUUUGAGGCCAACGGCGCUCCACGUCCUUGCGGUGAGGACGAGAACCCGGCUGAGUACAUGCUUGAGAUGGUCAACAAAGGCUCCAAUGCCAAGGGGGAGAACUGGUUCGAUGUCUGGAAGCAAAGCAAUGAGAGCCAAGAUGUCCAAGCGGAGAUCGAUCGCAUUCACGCCGAGAAGCAGGGAGCACCUGUCGACGAAGAUACCGAAUGGAGCCACGCCGAAUUCGCCAUGCCGUUCUGGUUCCAGCUUUAUCAAGUCACGUACCGUGUUUUCCAGCAGUACUGGCGCAUGCCCUCGUAUGUGCUGGCCAAAUGGGGCCUGGGCGUGUUUGGCGGCCUCUUUAUCGGAUUUUCCUUCUAUCACGCCAAAUCUUCUCUCCAAGGAUUGCAGACGAUUAUCUAUUCUAUCUUCAUGCUGUGCUCUCUCUUUCCAUCUCUUGUGCAGCAGAUCAUGCCGCUCUUCAUCACCCAACGAGACCUCUACGAAGUCCGCGAACGUCCCAGCAAAGCAUACAGCUGGAAAGCGUUCCUGAUGGCCAACAUCAUUGUCGAAAUCCCAUACCAAAUCGUCCUCGGCAUCAUCGUUUUUGCCUGCUACUAUUUUCCGGUGGUAGGCAUCCAAAGCUCCGCCCGCCAAGCCACCGUGCUCAUCCUCUGCAUCGAAUUCUUCAUCUACGUCAGCACCUUUGCGCACAUGAUAAUCGCCGCACUUCCGGACACCGUCACCGCCAGUGCUAUCGUUACUCUCCUCUUCGCCAUGUCCUUGACCUUUUGCGGUAUCAUGCAAUCGCCUUCCGCUCUCCCAGGAUUCUGGAUCUUCAUGUACCGUGCAUCACCGUUCACAUACUGGGCCUCGGCAAUGGUGUCUACACAGGUAUCAGGAAGAGAGGUGGUGUGCUCGUCGUCAGAGCUGUCGGUCCUUGAUCCCCCGGCGGGUCAGUCCUGCGGCGAGUAUCUGGGACAGUAUGCGGAGCUUGCUGGAGGCAAUCUGCUGAAUCCGAAUGCUACGACGGGGUGUGAGUACUGCUCUGUGAGCACGGCAGAUGCGUAUAUCAGUAUGUCGGGCAUUGUCGCGAGUGACAAGUGGAGGAAUUUUGGGAUCUUUUGGGUGUAUAUUGUUGUGCAGAUUGCGGCCGCGGCGGCGUUUUAUUAUUUGUUCCGUGUGAAGAAAUGGCGGAAGCAGUGA